CUCUCUGCUGACUACCUCCUGUCACUUGUUGCCCCGUCUUCUUCUACUUCAUUUCCGUCUCCCUUCCUCAUACACCUCCCAUAUCUCAUGGCUGGGCUAUUGGAGGCCUUCCAGUGUGGGUUAUGGUUGACACCUUCAUUAUCGUUAUUUGUGCGCUCAUUUCCUAUCUUGUCCAUGCUGCGUGGGGAACGUUAGUGUCCGAGCUGGCUGCUUUGGCAGUGCCAUACAGGGAGCGACGCCUUUCUUUUAGGGAGUUCAUGGAGGAGUUGAGCCCCAGUCAAGUUGCUGUCAAACAGCUGAAGCAACAGUUUCUGGAAGCCCUGCAGGCCAACAAUGCUCAGGAGGUCAUGCAGAUUUUGCACACUGGGAAACUAGACAUUGACACUGUGCUGGAGGUGGACGACCCAAACAUGGUACUGGCUUCAUACAAACAAGGUUAUUGGCUCCCAGGCUACAAACUGGAAAAGUCCUGGGCGAUGGGCAUUCAUGUAUGUAUGAUGUACAAUGCUCUGGAAACAGCACUGGUGCUCCUUCAGAAAGGCGCAGCCGUCAACCGGAUGCCCAAUGGGAAGACGCCGCUGCACGUGGCCUGUGAGGUCUCCAACAGUGACUGUGUUGCCUUGCUUCUGGCCCAUGGGGCAAAGGUCAGCAGCCUGUCUCUAAGCGGACACACACCGCUGCACUACUGCAUCACCGGGGAGUCAGUGGAGUGUGCCAAGCAGCUCAUUGUCAAAGGUGCAAAAGUCAAUAUGCCCAGCCAGAACCAUGAUGAGGAGACACCUUUACACACAGUAGCCAGAUUCGGCGUCCCAGAGCUGUUGGCUCUCUAUUUAGCCCACGGUGCGUCUGUAGAUGCAGUCAACUUUCUCCAGGAGACUCCUCUGAUGACUGCGGCCUUCUGGGCUUUUGAUCCUAAAGAGCAAAUCUACAGCCAAGACCACCAUCUUGUCUGUCGCCUCCUGCUGGACCACCAUGCAGACCCGAACCUCCAAGAAGAGGACUAUAAAACAGCUCUUCACAAGGCAGCCUGGAACUGUGAUCACGUUCUGAUGCAGAUGCUGCUGGAGGCCGGGGCAGAUUCACGAUCCAUGGACAUAAAUGGCUGUGCCCCCAUUCAGUAUCUCCUCAAAGUGACCGAUGUCAGGCCCAUGGCCAUACCCGAGCUCUGCUAUCAGCUGCUGCUCAACUUUAACGCAGCACGGAUCUACCCACCCCAGUUCCACAAGGUGUUGCAGUCCUGCCACAAUUACCCCAGAGCAGUAGAAAUCAUGGUCAAUUCUUAUGAAUGUUUAAAGCCCACGAAGAAGUGGAGAACUGCCAUUCCUGAUGACUGCUACAAGCUUCAUAAAGACUUCUACGACUCCUUGUUUGCGGUUUGCACCAACACGCCGCGCAGCCUGCUUCACCUGACCAGAUGUGCCAUCAGAUCCAGUCUGCGUGGGCCCUGUCACAGAGGUGUAGCACAGCUGCCUCUCCCAACUCCCAUGAAGAAAUACCUAUUACUGGAACCUGAGGGUAUACUAUACUGAUGAAUAGACCUUUGUUCAUAAAACUCAAAUACUCAAUAUAUAUCCUGUCACCUGACGACUGUAAUAGAAACAUUCGCCACCUGUAGACCGUGGAGAGGGAAAAUGCUGCUAGUUGGAGCUGACGUUAACAAGUGUGCCCCCUUAUAUAUGUGCCAGGCAGACCAUUUCCAGGGGCUUUUGUCUAGAAAAUAAGAAAAUCCCUCUUGUUCAACCAAUAUGCAGGGGUUUGAGGGACAGGUACUGAGGAUUUUGUUCUCCUGGGCCACAUGGAGCCACCCUCCUGUCCCCACAACCUCUCUUUCUGUAAUCCUUGUAAUAUCUAUAUAUUUCACCUUCUACAGGGGCCCUAUUGAUCUCUUUGAAAGUGAUAUGUGCCAGUGAGUAUUUGCAGUCAUUUUCCGCCAACUUGUCUCUCAAUGACAGUGCUGUCUCAUACUUGAGAGAAUCCAAAUCUACCUGGCAACCUGCCUUAAUGUUCACUCUCAAGCUCACACUCUCCUGAUACUCCACUAUUUGCAGAACAAACACUUGACAAAGCCCUCCACGACAAGUGCUUGUUUUUCCAGUGGACUGCACAUGUAGCUGUUUUUGUUGGCCACAAAUACACAGGCUAUUAAACAACCAGAAGUGGAAGAAGUAUUCAGAUCUGAUAAUAAUACUAAUUAAAUUAAAAUAAAAGUAAAGUUGUACUAUUAUACCAAUGGAUUAUUAGCACUCAUGCAUUGAUGUAAAAGCAGGAUUUUACUGACUGGUUGGUUUAAGUGGAGCUCAUUAUGAACUAUUUUGUAAAGGACUGCAACUAAUGAACAAAGCAUUAUAUUUUUCUUCAUAUGUUUUGUAUGCACAAAUCCUAAUCUGUAAAGCAACUAGUAACUAAAACGGUCAGAUAAUAAGUGAAGUAAAAAGUACAUUAUCAAAUUUGUACUUAGUACUUCGUUAUUCCACCAAUAAAACAGCACAAGAAAGGAAAAAAAUAUAUUGGAAGCCUUUCUCAAAACCCUCAAAACAGAGGUCCCUCAGCAAAACAGUGACAACAAUGUAAUAUCAGCAUUAGAUGUUACAUUUGAAGUGCUUUCCAUCCUGACUUCUACUUUCAAAAGGUACUUUGAGCUGUAAAUACACUAUAGAUCCUCACCUAAAGGAAGACCAUUAAACCACACUGAAAAGUCUCAUGCAGAGGAAAUGUACAGAAUAUGACCUGGCCCAAUCAUCUCGGUUGCAACAGCAUGCAGUAAUGGUGUGAGUAUCCCAGUCUAUUUUAUCCAGGCAUUAAGUCUAAUUUUACAUGUGGAGAUAAUGCCAGCGUACUAUAGAGGAAAGCUCUUAGGAGACUGAGGCUGCCACAUGGAGAGAGAGAGAGGCGCUGCUGAGCUAUUAGUGUCUUUGCUGAAGAGGAGAAAAGGGAGAAAAUGAACUGGCAGCCUCAAGAAACAUAAAGAGUAAGGCUGCUCAGCUUUCAAUAAUGAAGGCUGAAUUAGGACGGGAGAAAGGAAACAGAGAUUACUUCUUUGAUCUUUUUCUUCACUAUACUACACAUCAUACACAGAUACACAGAGAGCCAAUAGGAACAUGUCACUAAAAUGGUGUGACUAACACAAAUGAUUUCAAAAAACAACUGGGGAAAUGUCUUUGUCUGUGUUUUUUUUAUUUUCCCAGCUUCCCAGUUUGGCAUUAUUUUUCAUUAAAAGAUUUUUUGUGGCAGUGA